UCAUUAUUAAUUUUAUUGUUAAAUUUAAUGAAUUAUUAAAAUUAAUUCGUUAAGAUUUGAAUCUGGCGCGUUAGUGUGUGGUAUAGGUGUUUUAUUUGCGUUCGGUACCGUUUAAAUCAUUAGUGUGGCCCUGUAGUAGUUAAAAUUCAACGCCUAAAAUGAACUCGAGACUACCGGCGUGCGUUAUCGACGUCGGAACCGGUUACACCAAAUUAGGGUUUGCGGCCAACAAGGAGCCCCAAUUUAUUAUUCCCUCAGCAAUUGGCAUCAAGGAAACCGCAAAAGUCGGUGACCAAUCCAGUAGGCGUCUUUGUAAAGGAGUUGAGGAUUUAGAUUUUUACAUCGGAGAUGAAGCUUUUGAUGCUACAGGAUAUUCAGUUAAAUAUCCUGUGAGACAUGGUUUAGUAGAAGAUUGGGACCUGAUGGAACGUUUUCUUGAACAAUGUAUAUUUAAAUAUUUGCGUGCCGAACCAGAGGAUCAUUAUUUCCUACUUACCGAACCACCUUUAAACACACCUGAAAAUCGCGAAUACACCGCUGAAAUCAUGUUUGAAUCCUUCAAUGUGCCUGGCUUGUAUAUUGCCGUUCAAGCAGUAUUAGCACUUGCCGCUAGUUGGGUUUCAAGGUCUUUAGAGGAUAGGACUUUAACCGGGAUCGUUAUUGAUAGUGGAGAUGGUGUUACUCACGUUAUUCCAGUAGCUGAAGGUUAUGUUAUUGGUAGUUGUAUCAAACACAUUCCAAUUGCGGGAAGAAACAUAACUUCGUUUAUCCAAUCGCUGUUACGAGAGCGUGAGAUUGGAAUUCCACCUGAACAAUCGUUAGAAACGGCGAAAGCGAUUAAAGAACGAUAUUGUUAUAUUUGUCCUGAUAUCGCGAAAGAAUUUGCGAAAUUCGAUGCCGACCCGGCGAAAUGUAUAAAACGGUACGAAGGUAUCAAUUCAGUGACGAAACAACCGUUUGGGGUUGAUGUGGGUUACGAGAGGUUUUUGGGUCCUGAAAUUUUCUUCCAUCCCGAGUUUUCAAACCCGGAUUUUACAAUUCCGUUAUCAGAAAUUGUUGAUGAUGUAAUUCAAAAUUGUCCAAUUGAUGUUCGCAGGCCUUUAUAUAAUAACAUUGUGUUGUCUGGUGGUUCGACAAUGUUUAAAGAUUUUGACAGGAGAUUGCAAAGGGAUUUGAAACGAACUGUUGAUGCCAGACUUAAACUUAGCGAGAGUUUAGGGGGUGGACGAAUUAAACCUAAACCUAUUAACGUAAAUGUCGUUACACAUCAUAUGCAGAGAUACGCCGUGUGGUUUGGAGGAAGUAUGUUAGCAUCAACGCCUGAAUUUUAUCAAGUUUGUCAUACGAAGGCGGCGUAUGAGGAGUAUGGACCUAGUAUUUGCAGACACAAUCCUGUGUUUGGCACGAUGACAUAAUUCCAAGAAUUUAAUUUAUGAAUAUUUUUUACCAUCAUUUUUUAUUUCGUAUUUUGAAAGUAAUAAAAAAUUUAUUAACGUAUUUUAAUCCAGGAUGAUAGAGCAAUUUCUAAAAUUAUCCAACUUUAAGGUGAUUAAUUGCAUUUUAUUAAUUAAUUAAAUAGCGGUCGAGUUCUUGUGUACAUAUAAAUGAAAAUUAAAAAAAAAUAAAAACGUGUUCCAUUUAUAAAA